CCUGGAGCCGGGAGCGCUUGGCGCGCCUCCCAGGCUGCCCCUCCCCCGGGUAAGAGGCGAAGCGUGGGAACGCGAUGGGGGAGACGGAGCCAGAGGGCGAGCGGCGUCGGCGGUGGGAGCAGAGGGCGCGCUGAGCUGGCACCGGGGAAUCGCCGCUUGUUCGCACCAGGCGGGCAGCAGGAGCAGGAGCAGGACCUCCCCCCUCCCCAUUCCGGACAGUUGUUUAGAGGGAGCCGGCAGCAGCAGCAGCAUGAAGCGCUCGCACCCGGACUACAGCUCCUCCGACAGCGAGGAGCUGGAUGAGCCCAUCGAGGUGGAGAAGGAGAGCGGAGACGAGAAUGGAAACUUGAGCUCCGCUCCAGGUUCCAUGUCUCCAACCACCACUUCCCAAAUUCUGGCUCGGAAAAGACGCAGAGGGAUUAUUGAAAAACGCCGCAGGGAUCGGAUCAACAAUAGCUUGUCAGAGCUGAGGAGGCUGGUGCCUAGUGCUUUUGAAAAGCAGGGAUCAGCUAAACUGGAGAAAGCUGAAAUCCUGCAGAUGACUGUGGAUCACCUGAAAAUGUUGCACACAGCAGGGGGGAAAGGCUACUUUGAUGCUCACGCUCUUGCUAUGGACUAUCGAAGUCUGGGCUUCCGAGAGUGUUUGGCUGAAGUUGCCCGCUACCUGAGCAUCAUCGAAGGUCUGGACACCUCUGAUCCUCUCCGUGUCCGCCUUGUGUCUCACCUGAAUAAUUACGCCUCUCAGAGGGAAGCCGCAAGCAGUUCCCAUACAGGGCUUGGACACAUCCCUUGGGGCAGUGCCUUUGGACAUCAUCCCCACAUCUCCCACCCACUACUGCUGCCUCAGAACGGGCAUACUACUACGAGCAGCAGCGCAACUUCCACAGAAGGUCAUCAUCACCACCACAGCAGAAGUGGGGCUCCCCAUGCUGAAUCAUCUUCACUGAGAGCACCCCCUAAUGGCAGCAUUGGACCAGUGCUUCCCGUGGUCACUUCAGCUUCUAAACUCUCUCCUCCCUUGCUGUCUUCCAUGGCUUCCCUGUCUGCAUUCCCCUUUUCUUUUGGUUCGUUCCAUCUGUUGUCCCCCAAUGCUCUCAGCCCGUCUACACAGUCGGCACAGUCGGCCGGCCUUGGCAAACCUUACAGACCAUGGGGAACGGAGAUUGGUGCAUUUUAAGAACUAGCAGGGUGGUGAAGGGGUGCGUUGUCUGUAAAAUAGCCAGCUGAGCUGGGGCCUCUAAACUCCUUUUAACAGUUUUGUUAUCAAAGGUACAGUUCCAGUUUUAACAGAGUUUGUACAAAGAAAAUGUUUCUCCCUACCCUGCUUUCUAUUAGCAGAUUUUUAAAAAGCAGCAGUUGCCAGAAGUUUAUCCAUUUUUUUGUAAAAUCUUCAUAGAUGUUAAUUUAAAAAUGAUAAUAAAAUAGAAUUUUGCUGACUCGUUCGUUAUCUUAGUGGCAUUUCUCAAAUGAUCCUGUUUGUCUGAAAACACUGGAUCUUUUUUUUAAAGAGUAGAAUUUUCGUCUUUCUCUCUCCCCCCCCCCCCCCGCAACAGAGCCUUAACUCACAUUUUUGUUUGGUUGUGGGGGUUUUGUGAUACCGAGGUGUUUUUCAAGGGAGAAAUUGUUUGUAAACUAUGUUUUGACUUUUGUAUUUCCGAGCAAAAGCGUUGACAAAUCAGAUGGACCAGCUUUAUCUCAGAUGUUGGUGGUGGACCUGCGGGCCUCUGAAGCUCCCAUCAGCCCCAGCCAGCAUGGCUCAUAGCUGUCAACGUUUCCCUUUUUUAAAGGGAAAUUCCCUUAUUCUGAAUAGGAUUCCUCGCAAGAAAAGGGAAAAGUUGACAGCUAUGGCAUGGCUAAUGUUCAGGGGAUGAUAGGAGCUCUAGUAUAACAACACCUUGAGGGACACUGGUUCUCCAUCAGUAUUCUAAGAAUAGAAUCUUUCUGUGACUAGUGCAGUGCUUCAGUCUACCUUGCAAGUUUAUCCUGCUCCCCAAUAGGUAUAUUUAUCCCCAUUACAGAAUCACUGUUUUGUUUCUUGUGCCAAAUUUUGUUGCAGUUUUCUUCCAUUGGGGCAAACAACACUAAAAAGUUGCAGGUCAAAUCCUUAUUCUAGAAGCUUUGCCACUGCAACUAAGUUCAACCAACUUUCUCCAGCUCCAAUCCAUUGGAUGCUUUUUGUUUUGCUUUUUAAGAUGGAGGGAUUAUGAACAUUAGAGCUUUGGGGAUAGAUUGUGCUGGGUUUGGGGAUGUGGGGACAGAGACCAUCGCCUGCCAUGUUGCUGGAACGUAGGAUGUGUCUUCAGGUCGAAGUUCCUGCAAGCAGAUGUGCCAAGUUCUAAUCCAAAGAACAGGAGUUGCAUCUAAAUUAAGUUGGUUGCACUUGGGUUUCAUUCAGUAGGACUUGACGUGAGUUAUGAUGACUAAGAGUUGUGUCCAACUUUAUUCUGUUCAGAUUAGACCCACUGAAAUGAGUCGUGUCCAUAAAUUUCACUGGGUCUAUUCUGAGGAUGACUAAUGGUGGAUACUACCCAAUAGUCUGCCUUGCCUUUCUUGACUGGACAUGGAAAUAGUCUUGCUUCUGCCUGCAGGUAUGGGAUAGCUGGAUGGACAAGGGGCAGAAUAGGUAGGGAAAGCCACAGUUCCUUGUCCCAUGCUUUAUUGGUGUGUUUGAAGGUUGCAAUCUGGUAGACAUCCAUCACACACUUAGCUGUAUCCCAUAAAAAGCUGUAAUGUUGUGGUCAUAACUGUGAUUGGAAAACAUGGCCGCUGACAUAGAAUCUAAUAGCUCCUUUGAGAACUUGAACAAACUUGUUUUUUUUAAGCAAGUUUCAGCAUUA